AUGAAGAACAGAAUUCUAAAUUUGACGCGUCACUACGCCCCGACUCUCCCGACGGUGAGGGGGCCGAGCCCAGACCAGCAGCAGCACGCAGCAGCAGCAGCAGCGGCAGAAGCCCCUGGCCCGAGUGCAGCAGCAGCAGCAGCAGCAGCAGCAGCGGCGCCGCCGCAGUCUCCCAACGGCGUCGACCCCAGCCGCGGCGCCGGCGCCUACCGAGACCCCGCCGCUGCGGCGCCCGCCACCUCCGCAGCAGCAACAGCAGCAGCAGCAGCAGCAGCAGCAGCAGCAGCAGCAGCAGCAGGGGGCGGAGGGGGGCCCCCUGCUUCCAACAUGCAAAAAGAUAAAAGACUCGACACUGCUGAGGGGAGGCCCCUGGAGUCCCCCUGCCGCCCCAACUGCGCAGCAGAUCACCACUGCCACGGGCCUGAAGAAAAGCCCCACUUCUUUUCACUCUGCACCAAAUGCGCAACAGACGGCAAAGACAAGCCUCUGCGGGAGCCAGCGAAGGGUUUCAUAACGCGCAGCGAAAGCUACGUCAACGCCAGCGCGGCCUCGCGCUGGGAGGUGGACGAGCUCUGCGGCAAAGAGCCCCACAAAGAGCCCUCGGGGCCCGUCUUUGACCGCUCCCGCUUUGUCCAGGAAGUCCAGCUCGACGGCACUGUGAGCAUAAACGACAUUUUUGACUUCUCGCACGGCCAGAACUUGGGGAAGGGGUCUUAUGGACAAGUGAUGAAGGCCAGGGACUUCAAGACGGGGACCACGAGGGCCAUCAAAGUGGUCUACAAGCCCCGCAUUGAAAAUGUCACUCGCCUCAAGAGGGAAAUCCUCAUCAUGAAGCGCCUGGACCACCCGAACAUAAUAAAGUUGUUUGAAGUUUACGAAGACGAAAAGAACUUGUAUCUGGUGAUGGAGCUUUGCACCGGAGGAGAGCUUUUUGAGCGCAUCAUCAAAAGUGGCCACUUUUCCGAACGCUAUGCUGCAUGCCUCAUGCGCCAAGUCUUUUCUGCUGCUGCAUACUGCCACGCCAACAAUGUCAUGCACAGAGACCUCAAGCCAGAAAACCUUCUCUACGCCGACAGCUCGCCCCUUUCAGCCCUCAAGGUCAUUGACUGGGGCUUCGCUGCUCGCUGCGGCCGCAGCCAUAAGUUCAGCAGCGUCGUGGGCACGCCUUAUUACGUUGCGCCUGAAGUUCUUUUCGGCAAGUACGGCAGCGAGUGCGACAUAUGGAGCACAGGUGUCAUUCUUUUCAUUCUUCUUUGCGGCUAUCCGCCUUUCCAUGGGAAAGACAACCAGGCGAUUCUGAAGAAAGUGCAGGCGGGGGAGUUCAGCUUUGACCCGCGCCACUGGAAGCGGAUUUCGGAGCCGGCGAAGGACUUGGUGAGAAGAUGUUUGACUUACGUGCCUUCGAAACGUAUCACCGCGCAAGAGGCGCUGCAGCACCCGUGGAUUCAGGCCUAUGCUGCGGGCCACGGGGGCGUGGAGCAGGCACUUUCAGUGCGUCUUGGGUCGGAUUUGAUAGAACGUUUCAAAAACUUCCAGCGGCUGCACAAGCUGAAGAGACUGGCCAUUACCUGCGUGGCCUACCAGCUCUCCGACAGUGAAAUCGGCAUGCUGCACGACGCUUUCGCCGCGCUGGACAAAAACGCAGACGGAGUCCUCACUGUGAGCGAAAUGCAGCAGGGGCUGGAGCAGUGCGGCAUUCAAGGGGAAGACGUGAUCGAAGUGCUUAAGGAACUCGACACCGACGGAAACGGCACAAUUGACUACACCGAGUUCAUCGCCGCCUCCAUGGAUCACAAAAUCUAUGAACAGGAAUCCGCCUGCCAGAACGCCUUCAGGGUCUUUGACCUCGACGGCGACGGCAAGAUAUCCGUAGAUGAAUUGCAUAAAGUGCUCGAGACGAAUUACAUUAAGGAGGCGUUCAGUAAGGAGGCUGUCCUUGAAAUGAUUAGAGAGGGGGAUCUCAACAACGACGGCAUGAUCGACUUCGACGAAUUUAUGCGCAUGAUGAGAGGCCGCCAAAGGAAAGCCAGCGAAGGCACUUCGCCGCUGGCUCGCGCGCGGGCGCUGCUGUACCGUCGUUAUGAUAACUGA